CUGCUAUCCAGCAUAGUGUUCUCAAACCUAAGCCAAUUCACAUUAAUAGAACACUUUCAUGUGAUCCAGUGGGAAGGGGAUCCCAACAUAGAGAAGGAGUAAACGGCAACAAAGGACACUGUAAGAUCAGGGGAAGAAGAGUUAUAUAUUUUAUAGAGAGAUUAUAUUUGUGGAAGGCUAGCUGACCUCCUGAAUGUAAUAGAGCGAUCCUGAAAUCAUCUUGCUAAAAUGGGCAAUGAAAACAGCAGCCCAGAAAAUCAGGAAAUUCAGCCUGUUGCAGAACCAGUCCAGCCACCCCAUAAUGAGAGAGAAGUAAAAAAGAAGAGGCAGAGGAAAAAGAAAAAAGACAGAUCUGUUGAGAAGGAUGACUUCGAUAGCUCACUGGUUGAUGCUCCUGUGUCAUAUUCGCAGUCUGAUAAUGAGCCCUCCUUAACCGCAGGAGAGACCAGAGGGAGCUGGCCUUUAAUGUCUGACUGGAAGGCAAGUGAACCCAGCCAAUCUGUUGUUUCACAUAAUCUUCUUUUUGCUGGGUUUGAUGUCAAUGAAGAAUCAAGAUCCCAAACCUCAGCCAUAAGCAGCCUUAGUAACGAAGGCCAAGACAGUAAUGCUGGUGAAGAAUCACCCGGUGUAAAGACAAUUGCAGUAUCUCCAGAGAUGACAGCACUGGAGGACAUUCUGCAUGAACAACAAGAUCAGGCUGUGUCUGACUUCUCAGAGUGGGCUAAUGAAGGAACAGAAAGCCAAAGUCAAGUUGUGCCAUUGUCUUUGGUAGCAUGUGCCAAGGAGCAUGUUGCCGUGAGUCUUGGAGAUAGCCAUGGGGAGUUACCUGGCUUGCUGUCAACCACUGUGAAUGACAAAAUCACAAGAACUAUUCCUGAUGCAUCUCUCAGCAAUUGCUCAGAUGCUCAGCAACCUGUUGCUGCUUUUGCGAUAAAGGAUGAGAAGAAUUCAGAUGAAUUUAGCUCUGUGUUGGAUCCCUUGUCAGAUGCCACUUGGAUGUCAGAAACUUGGAUUGCACAAACUGUUUCCAGUGAAUUAGAUUCAUUACAGCAGAGCGGAGAGCUGAAUGACAAGAGAAAGGCACAUGGCAUUUUGUUACCCAUGAAUGAAGAAGAGCCAGAUUACAGUAUCACUCAGGAGACCAGCCAGGAAGCAGGAGUUUUGGAAGUGGAUCAUGGGGAGCAAACUUUAAUAAAACCAAGUAUACAGAACGCAGAUGGCUUAAACAGCUUGGUAAUGAAAAAGGAAGACUUAAUCCGAAAUUGUUCCACGGCAGAAGGUUCAAGCGUUGAUGGCCAAAGUUGUGUCAUCCUCAGUGAAAGCAGCACUGAUGCGACAAUAAGCAAAGGAGGUGAAUCCCACGAAGUUUCUCCUGAAGAGAAUAGGGAGUGGUCUUAUCCUGGUUCUGUCCUGUCCAGUAUGUCCUUUAACCCUUCUGAUUUGUCUCUGAUAACCAUGAUGGAAGAGAAACCCAGCGACUAUACAUCUGAAAAAGAAUGCCCAGAUCAAACCACAAGUAAACCAGACAGCCUCUGUCUUACCAAAAGAGAAAACCACAGUGUGAAUUUACUAGUGAGCCCUGUGCCUCCCAGUGUGUCUUUAUUGCCUGAGGAAAGUGAAAAGCAAAAAGAAAGCACUGCCUCUGAGGACAGACCAGAGCAUGCCAACGGCAAAGAAAUCACACAAGCUGAGUGUGUCAGUGGAGAAAACAUUGCUCUCACUGACCCAGAAAAUCUUGUGUAUUUUGUGACAGAAGAUCCAACUGUAGAUAAAAGAUUGUCCCUGGUGGAAAAUGUAAAAAACUUCACAAGUGAGAAUGAGCUUACCGAGCUCAUUAAAAAAGAUAGUCUAGUACCUCCGGAAAACAAAGGCAUUUCUUUAGGAGAGGGAGGAAGUCAGGAAGAGCUGGUUUUAACAAGUCCUCUCAUACAGGAAGAGGUAAACUGUUCUCAAGGGACCUUGCUAACCUUUGAUAAUAACAAAAGGGAAGAAAGCCCUAGUGCUAACUGGGGUGAUUACUGGAGCUUUCUGGCAAACAGGGUUCAAAGCGAUGGCAGUGGCAAAGAUUUAGACAAAGACUUCAGUUCUGAAAAUAACCAGAAUGCACCUGAAGACCAUUUACCUGAAUUUAGUAUGGAAUCGGAUAGAGAGAAAACAGUCCCACAAGAGAAAGAGGAUAAAAGCCUUUUGUUUCUGCAACCACCACAUUUACAAGAGAAAAGGUGCCCACAAAGCUGUGAUCUUUUAACGGAAGAUACACUGCUCAGCUUUCCAGUCUGUGAAAUGACAGAGAAAGUUUGUUCAGCAGACACACAUGGUUCACUGCUGCUGCACUCUGCGGACAAUGCUAUUAUGCAAAAAGAGCGAGAUGGAUCCUGGGAGUGCACAGUUCCUCAAAAAACUGAAUGGGAGUUGGAAGGCCAAACUACGCAUGAAAAAACAUCUGAAAGCAACGCAGCCUUUGCAGAAAUAAUACCAGUUCCUAAUGCAGAGCUUGAGCAUCAGGACUUAAGUGAACAGGCAAAGAUUGCUGGGUGCAUUACAGUCGUGAAAACAAAAAGCCAGGAGGAUGUAUCCUGUUUUGAAAGCAAACAACAGAAACUGAUUUGCAGCGAUGCUGACAGUGUACCUGUGGCAGUUGCUGAGCCAAGCAAUGCUCUGGGUCAGACAGAAGGCAAUGAAAGGGGUCAAGAGGAAUAUAAAACUGAAAUGAAAAGUCAGGCGACUGACACAAAUGUGGCACAGCAAGUUGAAAGCAAAUUGGACCCCCUGCAGGAAGUACAGCAGGAACAAGCAACGGAGGAAAAUAAUCAAAGUAUGAAGGAUGAUUAUUCUGACAGCCUACUACUAACAGCAAGCAUUGAAAAGGCUGAUUUCCAGCAGCCGGAUCUGGGGGAUGUACAAGAUCACAACACAAGAGAGCAGAAUGAUGCAUUAAAGAGCAAUGAUGGAGAAACAUCUUUGGACACUCUUCACAGAAAGACUGCAGACAUGCAACAGAUGGCGGACACUCUCACACCAUCACCACAAGCGGAACUGAAUGACAGCCUGGAGUCCUUUAACGCCACUUUCAAAGAUCAACAGCACCCUUCAAAAUCAGAAUCUGAAAAUGUGGAUCAUGCCAAUCUUAUCACACUAAGAAGUUCUGAUGAACAACAGCUUAAUGAAACUCCACCUGAAAAAGUACACUUGCUGGAUUCAGAUCAACCUGUAGGCUCUCAGCCCCCAUGUGAAAGUGAAAUUAAAGUAGUUAUAGAUGAUCUUUGUGGACUAACUGUGAAACCAAAUUAUCCAACAGCUGUCACAGAUGAAAAUGCACCUAUGCCAAGUUUUUCUGAAUACCUGGAUACUGUGCAAAUCAGCAACCUAAAUAGUCUAGGAAGCAGCCAAGUGGAAGAGAGUUGUCUUGACCAACAACCAAUAAACAAGUCAAACCAGGAUGUUUCUGGUUCUCCGAUUUCAUGCAGUCUUUAUGAUGGAGCAGGUCAUAGCAAUGAUUUCCAUGAUGAAGAAUCUGGCAUAAACCAGCAAUCCAGUGGACUGAAAGACCAUGCACAUGAAAGCACCAUUGAUUUUAUAGAGCAUGAUCCAAGGGUGCAGAAAACACUUCCUCUGAAAGUUGAAGAGCCACAGGCAUUGCUUGCAGAUUUCCAAAUGAUUUGUGCUGAUGGCAGCUGUAAAGAUAAUGGGUCUGACCUUAAAGUAACAGAAUUGGCAGAAAAAAGCUCCUUUACAAAAAUAGAAGAGAAGCCAAGUUUAGUGGUUGAAACCACCUUGAAAUAUGAACCUGGAGAAAUAAAUUAUGAAAGGGACUUGACUUUCACAGGAGCUGAAAAUGCAAAAAUACAGGAGCAGAGUCCUGCAUUACCUGAAAUCACAGAUAUGGCUUCCAGCAAUACUUUGAAUAAAACAGACAGCAUUCAAAACACAGAGUUCCUACCUGCUGGCUCCCAGGCAGAUCUAACAGUUCUUUCCGUGCCUGCAUUUUCACAUGAUCAGCACACCGGAGUGAGCCAACCACCAACAAAAUGCAUGAAUGAUGGCAUUGUGGAUGGAUUACAAAAGGAUGAGCUAGAAAUUACAGCAUGCCAAGGCUUCUUAGGUGCCACUCCCAAUUUUCAGAUUCUUGCUCCAGCUGCUACACCUAUACACUUGGGUGAUCCUUCAGCAGAGAAAGGUACGGCAGAUCAAAAGAAGCCCGAAGUAUCACAUUCAGACAAUAUUCCUGUAGAGUCAAUCCCUGGGAAGGACUCAGUGAUUCCAAGCCAAGGUGAAGAGAGUUCCUUCAUCUCACAGGACUCUUCUGAGGCAGGGCACCCGGGAGGAGAUUUAUCACCUUUUAAUUUCAAGAAACUACAGACCGAGAUCUCGGCAAUUAAAACAAAAGGAGCCAAAAGUGAUGUAAACUUCAAAGCCCAGCAGUUUGACAGCUCGGUAGAAUCUCUCUUCAGCCUUUCAAGCUUAGAAGAGAAGCUUCAGAGCCUUUCAUCUUUUGGUAAGCAAGCAGACUGUAAUGAGGGCAUUGCAACAAACAUUGCUUGUGUAGAUGACAAGCACAGUAAGAGUCUGGAAAGCAUAAGGAAUGCAGAAAAAAUCCAGGGUGCUUUUGCAGAGAAUUUUAGUAUCCCCAAGAUGGAAUUAAGUACUCCUAAGUCUGCAGCAAGCUGUGAAAAACAGCAUGACGAACCAUCUUCUGGGACAUUUGGCAUUGGUUUUUUUGAUUUCAGGAAGCAUAUUAGCAAAAUAUUUGAAAAGACGGUUCCAAGUACUCUGGCUGCUGAGGUGACUCCUCAUUCAGCUGAAAACAGUGCAGGUGAGAGAGAGAGCUCAUCAACCCAACAAAUAUCACAGUGUGAACAGGGACAGAAAGAAACUGAUGAAAUGAUUGGAAAUAGAGACCUAGACGAUGGUCAGAAAACAGAGGGAUCUGAGUUCCCUUCAGAAGCUGGGACUUUUGAUAAAGUUAUUAAAGAAAAAAUAGUGCAGGAAGAAAAACUUUUGAUAAACCCCCCAGAGGAUUGUAUGUCUGAUGCUUUUUCAGAAAACAUCCCUAUUAAAAAAUAUUCCAAAAGUGAAGAAGCUCUGCCAAAUUUGCCAAAGUUAGAUAGUCAGGUAGAGAGUUCCAGCAGAAGCAUGAUGGAGGCAAUGGUAAGUGAAUGUGUUAGUGCUGUAAGCAACGACAACGAGGAGGAUUGGAAGAGCCUUGAAGUAGGAAAGUUGCAGCCAGUGAAUUCUAGCAGCUCAGAAACAGAGGAUUUACCUCUCUCUUCUGAGAGUGAGCUGUCUUUAAUGAUUACUGCCUUGAAGGAAUCUGUUCCAAAGAGUGACUUUGGCGGAACGACGAUGGCAGAAGUGGGAGCAGGUAAUUUAAUUAGUCUGGAUAUUGCAGAACCAGGUUUAUCUGGAAAUCAGUGCCACGGCUCAAUGCCGAGUGUGGACAAAGAAACUGAAGAGAAUAUCACUGACCUAGACAACACCUUAGUAUUAUCACCUCUUCUAAAUGAUAUUUCUGUGCACAAUGAACAAAUGGAGCAGUCCAGCAACCUGUCUGAUGAAACUCAGAAGAAAUCUCCUUCCAGCAACCUUUUGGAUGAAAAUAUACUUCAGGAAAAAGUCUUUGAAAGCGCAACCUUCUUGACAGAAUCAGUAGAGAGACAAGAGCAAGAGAAAACACAGGACACAGCAACACAUGGACUAAUAUAUUACUUAAAAAAUGAAGUAAACCUUGAUGAUGAUUCUCCAGGUGACUCCAAAUCCAACAGUGUGAAUGAAGGGUGUAAGGAAGAAAGGAAUGACAUCAUGUUGAGCACAGCAGAAACAGAAGAACAUAUUUCUUUUGACAGCCCUAAAACAGGUAUUGCAAGCACAUUAUUUACUGCUGACUGUGUCUCAGCCUUGCAAUCUAGCAUAUGUGAUCAAGGAAUUGAUGGAGAAGGUUCAGACACCAUUGAAAGGAUGGAGUCAGAAUUGUUUUCUGAUGCUGCUUCUCCAAAUCAAUCUGGAGAACAGAAUUUGGCCCUUGAGAAGACCAUUAUGGAUGUCCAGCACAAGGAAUCAACCACUUCACUUGUUGAAUCUGAACAAGGCCUUCCUAGUGCAUCUCAAAACCUGGACAUGGAUGACUUACCAGCUGAAAGCACUUUUCCUGAGCUCUGUCACUCUUUCCUUGCUGUACCUGAGAAGGACAUUAUAGCAGUAGCAGCCAACGACACCUCAGAUGAGGCGAGAGCUGACGUCAGAGCAGAAAGUUCCUCUGUUCCAACCGAUGUCAUCCAAUCACCGUCUCCUCUGGAUUCUUCCAAAGAGCCAAUAAACACUCAUCUUUCUGAUGGACAUGAAACCACUGUAAUUUCUGCUGAGCUUACUGCAACAAGUGUUUCUGAGUCUGAUGGUUGCCAACAUGCCGACAAUAGUGUCCCAACCGUUCCUGACGUGAGAUCUCCGACACCUCAACCAUCUACAGAGGAAGAGCAACCUGGCCAGGAGAAAAAGAGAUUGACACUUGAAAUAAAGAGGAGUUCAGACUCUGAAGAAGCAUUUGAGACACCAGAAUCUACAACUCCCGUGAAGGCUGCCCCACCACCGCUACCACAGCCACCACCAGAAAUUGCAGCCUUUGAAAUAGAAGAACAGGAAGUACAACCUCAGCUUCCACCAGAGGACAUAGAGUUUUGUUCUGACACAGUAUCCAUAGCUGAUGUUUCACAUUGUGAAUCCAUUGAAGAAACUCCACUCCCACCUCCUUCUCACUCAUUUUCUACAGUUUUUGAUGAGGACAAGCCCAUUGCUAGCAGUGGGACCUACAACUUAGACUUUGAUAGCAUUGAGGUGGUAGAUACUUCACAAGCUGGGGAUCCUAGCUCUCUGGACAUAAGAAACCGUGACUCCAAGUCUCACAUCAGAAGAAAAUCCACAGAUUCCGUUCCAAUUUCUAGAUCUACUUUGUCUCGAUCCCUUAGCUUGCAAGCUGGUGAUUUUGAUGGAGCAGCUUUCCUUGGUAAUAACGAGGCAGCAGGUUUAGCAACAGAAACAUUCAGUACUGGUUCAAGCAGUGCCUCCAGCACUCUUAAGCGCACAAAGAAAUCAAGGCCAGGUUCUUUAAAGAAAAAACCGUUAGCAAAAAAAUCUCUGGAAGUUCCUCCUGUCCAAGAGCCAGAACCAUCUGAUAUCAAGCAAGAUUCUCCUGCCCUGAAUGAAGAAAAAGAGAGGUUGGAACCCAGUGAAACUCAGUGCACAGAGUCCUCCCAAAGUGCCACUGAAAAUCAGGAGACCCCUGCUCUACCAACAGCAGCCUAUCCAUUUGACCCUAGCAACUUAGAAGAGAUAAGUGCAUCUGGUGCUGGAAGUAAAAAGGUGCAGAACUCUCCCCCGUCCAGCAAGAAAGUCCCCCCUCUUACAACGCCACCCGAAGCCGUGGAGGUAGCUCCUUCAGACACUGGGGGACCUGAAGAUCCUCCAGUAAAAGCCGUGAGGCUGGAAUUUGAUUAUUCUGAGGAAAAAGGAAGUGGCGGAGAGCAGCAAGAAAGCCCUCCCCUGCCCAAAAAAGUGGGCAAAAAGCCUGGUGCCAAAAUGCCACUCAGGAGGCCAAAGACUAAAAAGACUGGGGAGAAGCUUGACAACGUUACCCCCACCAAGGCCCCUCCUGACCCCAGUGAGAUCUCUGUUUCCAAAGGCUCUUACACUUUUGAUAUUGACAAAUGGGAUGACCCCAACUUCAACCCAUUUUCUCCCACUUGCAAAGUGCAAGAUUCUCCUAAACUGCCUCAGCAAAUGACAGCAGCCUACACUUUCGAUCCGGACAUGUGUGAGGACUCAAUUGACCCUUUCAAAUCUUCCUCAAAGGUAGCCAGCUCUCCCACCAAAUCUCCAGCGUCCUUUGAGAUACCAGCGAAUGCCAAUGAGAUCAAUGGGACAGAAGGAGAUGGCCUUAGCAAACCUGCAAAAAAGAAGAAGACGCCUCUCAAGACGAUGGUUGAAGAUGUGAUGUCUGUAUGUUCUCUGUUUGAUACUUUCAGGGUGAAAAAGUCACCAAAAAGAUCUCCUCUGUCGGAUGCACCCUCACAGGAGUCCACACCACUAUCUACUUCUGAAACGUCUUCUGUUGUAUCCACUGUGGUUCAUGCAACAGAUGAGGAGAAACUGGCAUCGUCAGUGGGCAGCCAGAAAUGGACUUGUAUGACAGUGGAUCUAGAUUCUGAUAAACAGGAUUAUCCUCAGCCAUCGGACCUAUCGACGUUUGUAAAUGAAACAAAAUUUAGUUCUCCCACAGAAGAUCUGGAAUAUGGCAACCCGUAUGAAAUAGAAUAUAUGGAGAAAAUAGGCUCCUCCAUUCCUCAGGAUGACGAUGCUCAAACAAAACAGUCUUUGUACCUUAUGUUCGACGCACAGCAGGAGAGUCCAGUCAAGUCUCCUCCAGUUCGGAUAUCUGAUUCCACGACUCCUUGUUCUGGGUCCAGCUUGGAAGAAACGGAAACUCAGUUGCCCUCUGGAAUGAAACUACAACAUCCAGCUUCACGAUCUCUAGUUGCUCCCCAAGAGUCAUCAAUACAGCCUUCUGAAAAGUCCAAACCAAAAGAACUGGAGCCCAUGACUUUAGGAACCCCUUCAAACAACAUUGACAUAACCACCCCUGAGGACCCCUCUGUCUCUGCUGAUGCUCUUCUCAGUAGGAUAUCUCAUCCACCUUCAAUGUGUGAUCAGCUUCAGUAUCUAGAACCUGACUUAGCAGAAAAGAAUCCCCCAAUAUUUGCUCAGAAACUUCAGGAGGAGUUAGAGUUUGCCGCAAUGAGGAUAGAAGCCCUGAAGUUAGCCAGACAAAUUACCCUGUCUUCUUUCAGCUCCUUAGAUACUGAGAGGGACCCUGCAAUCUCCACUGAUGUUUCCAUCUCUAAAAGUGCACUGUACUCUCGGAUAAGCAGCUCCGAGGGAGAAAAUACUUCCGGUUUACUUUACCAGCAACAAGAUCUGAACUCUGCCUUGAGAGUUGCCAGAGAGGAGAUCGUAGCUAAGGAAAGAGAGAUAUCUGAAUGGAAAGAGAAAUAUGAAGAGAGCAGGAGGGAAGUUAUGGAAAUGAGGAAAAUCGUUUCAGAGUAUGAGAAGACAAUCGCUCAGAUGAUAGAGGAUGAGCAGAGAGAAAAAUCUGUAUCCCAUCAUACUGUCCAGCAACUGAUUAUUGAAAAAGAGCAAGCAUUAUCGGAUCUGAAUUCUGUUGAAAAAUCAUUAGCAGAUCUUUUUAGAAGAUAUGAAAAGAUGAAAGAAGUCCUUGAGGGAUUUAGGAAGAAUGAAGAAGUACUAAAGAAAUGUGCACAAGAAUAUUUAUCGCGAGUGAAGAAAGAGGAGCAGAGAUACCAAGCUCUCAAAAUUCAUGCGGAGGAAAAACUAGACAGAGCCAAUGCUGAAAUUGCACAAGUCCGUGGCAAGGCUCAGCAAGAACAAGCAGCUUACCAAGCCAGCCUGCGUAAAGAACAGCUGAAAGUGGAUGCGUUGGAAAGAACACUGGAACAAAAGAAUAAAGAAAUAGAAGAACUGACAAAGAUUUGUGAUGAACUGAUUGCCAAAAUGGGGAAAAGCUAACUUUUAACCAAAAUCCUGGAGUUCAACUUUGAGUGCAAUAUGACCACUGGCACACUGACGUCCACACUUCGAUGUGAACAGGAUUCUAUUUUCACUUUUUUUGUAUGCACUACUGUAUUUUUUCCUUUCUAAAUAAUGUUGAUUUGAUUGUAUGCAGUACUAAGAAGACUAUCAGGAUUUCUUGCUAUUGUUUGCAAUUUUUUCCUAGUUAUAAUCCAUAGCAAGUUGGUCUCAAAAAGUUCCUGUAUCAGGGAGAUUUGUCCAUUUCUUUAAUAAAAUCAAAGUUGCCCACCCUAGCCUUCCCUUUGUACAUGAGUUCCCAUGUUGGAUGUCUUUUUUUGGAUUUAAUAUAAAUGUGUAUUACUUGCAUGGGGACUCUUGCCUUAAGGAGUGUAAAUUUGAUCUGCAUUUACUGAUUUGUAAAAUAAAAUGAAAAUUUGAAAAGUUGA